GAUAAUAAUUAAUUAUAAUUUCUUAAUUGAUCCAAAUAGUUACUAAUAAUAGGUACUUUAAAUACCUUAGCAUAUAUCACAUAUUUAUCAUAGCAAAAAAUAUUUUAACCUAAUUUUGACAUGGAGAGGAGGCGGAAGCAAUCUCAAGGGAAGAAGAAGAUCGAAAUGAAAUUGAUUGAGGAUGAAAAUGCCCGAAUGAUGGCUAUCCUACUUACAAGCAUGACAGGGAAGAUGCAUUCCUUUGGAAGCCCUAGUGUGGACGUAAUCCUGGAUCCAUACAUGAAUCGAAAUUAUCCCAUCGUUCCUAAUUGCGUUGAUGAAUAUCGUGAGGCCCGAAUGAAUUAUCUAAACCAACAGAUUAACGAGGUCGAUGAAAAGUUGGACGAGGAGAAAUCUAGGAGGACAACUCUUUUGGGACAAGAAGGCGAUGGUGAUUUCAAAUCAGUUUUGGAGGUGCUUGAUCAAGAUGGGGUGAAGAAACUUAAGAAAUUCAUGUUGGAGCUAAAGGAGGAGGUUGCGCUUCGCAAAAGGGAACUCACAAUUGCGUCAGAUGCUUCUUCGUCUACAAUUGCAUCAGAGGCUUCUUCGUCUAAGAGUGGGAAAGAGGCUUCUUCGUCUAAGAGUGGGAAAGAGGUAACCAUUCAAUACUGCAAUGGUUCUCCCAUUCCAGAAGGUUGGUUAAAGUUGUAAACUUUAAAUGAGAAUUAUUUUUAUAAUUAAAAAUUAUGGUUGAACUUUAUAAUGUGUUAUGGAAUGAUUUGUUGGACUAUAUUAGGAAGUUCAAAUCUUUUGAGGUCUUGUAGACAAUAUGGCUAUCAAUUCAUAUGUUUUGUCUGACAAAUUGGUUGUCAU